GGACUCAAAAUGAUCCUUCAGGCCAACUUUGAGUGCGAUCACACAGACCCAUCUGGCUGAACAAGCCCCUUCAGCUUCAAGAAGAGACUGAGUGCCAUGGCACGAUUCACACUCACCCCGUGCAGCGUGGUGCUGGUUUCGAUCACGAUAUGGCUGAGCCUCUCGAUGGUGGCCAGUGCUGCUGCGAAUCGUAGUUUCAUAUUGAACGCGUUGACUGACAAUUACAAGGAGCAGGAGGUGUUCGUACAAUGCACCUGUGUUUACGACACAUAUCGCCGCACUCUUACGCCUAAAUUUCUUCUGAGGCCCGAUGCUAAUACUACGGUGGAAGUGGAUCAAUGCCCAGGAGUCAAGCAGGUUGAAUGCGAUAUCACAAGGUACUCUAGGCCUCCUAACAAUGAGCAGAAGUACUACAUGAAAGUGCUCGCUUGGUACUUCAAGGGGCCAUCGGAGACCAAAUUCAAGUUCGACAACGGCGUGUUGUAUUACGCAGUGGCUCCCGACCUCAACAACUGGAUGAAUUCUGGGCUCGUCUGGACUAUGGACGCGGAAAAUCACUACACUCCAAAGUUCCUAAGUCUGAAAACGGCAUCUGAAAACGGUUUAUCGAGGGAAAUCUAGCCUUCCCUUCGAAUGGAAUAGGGACUGAGGAAAGGGAGCUGUUGCAUUUUACAUCUUUGUAGAGAUAAACUUCGUCUUGCCGGCCGAUGGUAACACCUUCCUCGAGCAGUGUUUCCGAAUUGCCAUGCUAUUCUACGAAAUGUUGAGAUAGCUCACGUAGACUGUGGUUGAAAUGGUCCUAAAAACUUCUCCUAGGCAUGAAAGUUAUGUGCUGAGAAGCUACAAAACUGGAACAUGUAUACGACUGCAGUCACAUGCACCGAAUGAAUCUUGUCUAUCAAAACGAGAACUUGCUAGUUCUGUUUUCAGAAUGUUGAAGUAGAUAUCUUGAAGUGUAGAGCUCUAUCUGUUCUUCCGACCGAUUCAGAUUGGAUUUCACUGGACACCUGGACGGAAAUCUAACGUCUACUGAUUUUCUGCUCCACGCAGUAAACUUCAUAUUCACAAAACCCAUGCUUGAUUUCAUGAUCUUACAUUUCAGGAGGAGCUAAUCCUGGUACAGCAGUCAGGUCUCCACGAAUGACCUUCUCAUGUGCAAUUUCCUUGAAAUCC